CCGGCCGCCCUAGCGGCGGUUGGCGGGCGGCCGUCGCCUCCAUCCUGCCGCAUCGGGAACAUGGCGGCCGCCUCCGACCCGCUGCGGCUCCGCGGCUCGGCCGCAGCCGCCCGCGCGGCGGUUUGUUUUAAUGUGGAAGUGGAUCUCAGAGCUUAAUGCAAAAAAAACAAACAAAGGAAAAAAGGAUGUCAAGCGUGGUCUUCCUUGAUUUUGAUGAAGGACCACUGCAAGGAGCCAUGGACAUUUGUCGUGAGUUAUAACACCGUAAUUUGAAGAGUCUAGUAUAAAUGUACUUAAUGGACAGACCAGCAACAUGGAUGAUUUAGAGAUGAAUACUGAAGUUACUGGUGCUAAAGAAGAAGAAGAGGAAAUCCUAUGUGAUUUUGUAUCUGAGGAGGAAGGUGGCAUUCCUGAAUCGCAAGAGAGUGACGCAUUGUUUCAGAAAAACAGUACAUUGACUCUGCCUGAGGAGCUAUCCAGGGACAGAUCUGAAAAAGCCUUAAGUGGAGGCCAGACUUCUCUAUUUAUACACACUGGUGCUCCUACUGUUUCUAGUGAAAACUUUAUCUUGUCUAGAGGAACUGCUGUUAAUGGACCAGUUUCACACUCCACCUCAACAAAAACUUCCAUUAUGAAUAAAGGCAGUGUUUCACUAGCCACUGGACAGCCUGUAGGUCAUCAUACAGAUUCCUGCUCAACUUUGACGGUGGUUCAUGAUCUUCAGCUGCCUGCAAAGAGUACAACAGAAAAUUCAAAUCAGCACCAAGUUUUAUUUUUGUUACCUGAUGUAGCACAUGCUAAGAACGUGACUCAUUCCAUUAAAAAUUUACCUACCUCUGCUUCAGUUGGUUGUGACUCACAGAAAUCAGUAGGAAAUAGUGUAGACAGCACUUUAGUAGGCCAAGUAGAAGUUUGUGAGGAUGACAAAAAUUUACUGGUAAAAGACGAUUGUGUUGAUGCAUUAACAGGCAUUUCCUCAGGUACAGGUGGUUUCAGAUCGGGAUGUGAACCCAGCUGGGAUCCACAAAAAGAGUUUAUACAGUUUCUUAUGACAAAUGAAGAAACAAUAGAGAAAUCUCCCAUUCACUGUAAAGUAGGUUUAGAAAAAAAGAGAAAAAGAAAAAUGGAUGUUAGUAAAAUAACACGCUAUACUGAAGACUGUUUUGGUGAUACUACUUAUAUUCCUAGUAAGUCAAAACUGCUAACUGUUGACUUCUUAGAACAGAAUGAGGAGCUACAAAUAGUAGAACCUCAGAAAUACUCGUUGAGUAAAGUAAAGCCUGAGUCCACAGAUGAAGAGCUGGAAGCUGUUGAUGCUAUCCAGCAGCUCAUUUAUAGUCCCACUGGUAGCUGUGCAGAGGAUGCUUCUCCUGUUCACACUAGCACUUUUCUUUCCAAUACUUUAAAAAAUAAAUGUGAACAGAAUGAUUCUGAAUCACCAUCUACCUUCAGUACCGAUGAACCAUCAUUUUAUCCCUGUACAAAGUGCAAUGUGAAUUUUAGGGAGAAAAAACAUCUGCAUAGGCAUAUGAUGUACCAUUUAGAUGGGAACAGCCAUUUCCGACAUCUCAAUGUCCCCAGGCCCUAUGCGUGUAGGGAAUGUGGGAGGACAUUUAGAGAUCGUAAUUCACUUCUUAAACACAUGAUCAUUCACCAAGAACGAAGACAGAAACUGAUGGAAGAAAUCCGCGAGCUGAAAGAGCUUCAGGAUGAGGGUAGGAGUGCACGGUUACAGUGCCCACAGUGUGUAUUUGGUACCAAUUGUCCCAAAACAUUUGUGCAGCAUGCAAAGACCCACGAAAAAGAUAAAAGAUACUAUUGCUGUGAGGAAUGCAAUUUCAUGGCUGUGACAGAAAAUGAACUUGAAUGCCAUCGAGGGAUUGCUCAUGGAGCAGUAGUCAAGUGUGCUGUUAUUGGUAGUGACAUGUCCCAGAGGAAGUCACAGAAGAAGGCAUCCAUGAAAGAUCCAUAUUUAGGAUCCUCAAAGAAGUCGUCAACGUACAUGUGUAAGAUGUGUCCAUUUACAACUUCAGCUAGAAGCAUUUUAAAAAAACACAUGGAAUAUUUGCAUCCAGCGUCUUGCAUUGAUCCCUUUGGUAGCCAUCUUAGACUAGAAAAAAGAAAAAGCAGCAUAAUAGAAGAAUCUUUAGAUUUUGGUAGCAGGACAAAACAGUUGAUAAAACAAUCGUCUACAUUUCCAAAGAACUCAGUUUUAAAACAAGAUGUAAAACGAUCAUUUGGCUCUACUUCACAGUCCAGUAACUUCGGAAAACUUCACAAGAGACCCUACAGGAUACAGAAGGCUCGGAAAAGCGUUUCACAGUCAUCUAGACUUAACUCUGCUGAAAAAAAAGACAGCUAUGAAACAGAGGAUGAAAGUUCAUGGGAUAAUGCUGAACUGUGUGAUUACACAACGCGGUCUGUGGAGGAUGAAUCUUACAGUGAUAUUAAUCAGGAGCAUGUAAGCCUAUUCCCUAUAUUCAAAGGUAAAAUGGAAGAUCAUGAAGCUGGUGAUAAAUCUUCACUUAGUUAUGAGCAGAAUGAUGGCUUUUAUUUUGAGUAUUAUGAAGAUGCUGAGAGUAGUAACUUCCUGCAUGAUUUGCAUGAUGCACAGAAUUUAGAAAAUGUAGGAUCAGCGUUGCCAAAGCAUAAUUCAGUUUUCCAUUGGACUGAUUUGUCACUUGAAAAGAAGUCCUGCCCAUACUGCCCAGCAACCUUUGAAACAGGUGUUGGAUUGUCCAACCACGUCAGAGGACAUCUUCACAGAGCUGGAUUAAGCUAUGAAGCCCGUCAUGUUGUUUCACCAGAACAGAUAGCAACAAGUGACAAAAUGCAACAUUUUAAAAGAACUGGAACAGGAACUCCUGUUAAACGUGUUAGAAAAGCAAUUGAGAAAUCUGAAACUUCCUCUGAGCACACGUGUCAGCUCUGCGGAGGCUGGUUUGAUACUAAAAUUGGAUUGUCAAAUCAUGUGCGAGGACACCUGAAGAGGCUUGGCAAAACCAAGUGGGAUGCACACAAGUCUCCGAUCUGUGUUUUGAAUGAAAUGAUGCAAAAUGAAGAGAAGUAUGAAAAAAUACUAAAGGCUUUGAAUAGUCGCCGUGUUAUUCCCAGACCCUUUGUUGCUCAGAAAUUUGCAUCAAAUGAUGACUUUUUAUCUCAGAAUGUUAUACCUCUCGAAGCAUACCAUAAUGGCCUAAAGACUGAAGAUAUAUCUGUGUCUGCAUCAGAGGAAGAAGGGCUGAGUUUCCUAAAUGAAUGUGAUGAAACAAAGGCAGUACUACAUAAUGAAAAAAAAAAUCAGUCACUUACACUGAUAGAACUUCUGAAAAAUAAAAGGUUAGGAGAAGAAAGGAGUCCUGGUAUUUCUUCUCAAAAGAUUCAUAAUCAAACUGCGAGAAAGAGGUUUGUUCAGAAAUGUGUUCUUCCAUUAAAUGAAGACAGUCCAUUGAUGUAUCAGCCACAAAAAAUGGACUUGACUAUGCAGUCAGGUAUGCCUGUGAAGCUUAGAACGUGUGUGCAUUGCAAUACGACGUUUACAAGUGCUGUUAGCCUGUCCAACCACUUACGCGCUUAUGCACGAAAGAAGAGUGCUGGACUUUUGACUGGGACAGCUUUGGACUGUAAGCAAAAGAAGUCAAGGUCAAGAUCUGGAAGCAAGAAAAAAAUGCUGCCAUUACCUCAUAGUGCUGAUGAAGUUUACAUACUCAGAUGCAGGUUUUGUGGUCUGGUCUUUCGAGGACCUUUGUCUGUGCAAGAAGACUGGAUAAAGCACUUGCAGCGACACAUUGUCAACGCAAAUCUUCCACGGACUGGAGCUGGCAUGGUUGAAGUCACAUCGCUACUUAAAAAACCUGCUUCGAUUACUGAAACUUCAUUUUCUUUACUGAUGGCAGAAGCAGCAUCAUAGAACAAGAACACAUUUUCAAUUUGAAUUGGAUGUAAAUUUGAAAUACUUUGUCAUUUUUUUUAAUAAAUUGUUACACUAAAUUAUGUUUAUAAAUCCUAAAGGCAAAAAUAGAGGAAGUGGAUUACAAUAACAUCAAAAUAAAUUGAAUACUUAACAGUUACAGUAAGUAGUCUUUAUAUUUUAUAUAGGGUGGAAGAUGUGUUUUUAAGGUUUAUUAUGUUUUUGUCAGUUACUGUGUUCACUAUCAAUACAAGACCAUUACAUGUAUGGCAGCCAUUUUUAAAUCGUUGCACAUGGGUACUAAAGGACAGAUUUUAAUAAAACAAAGAAACCAUGUUCUCUGCAGUGUUACCCAAAUCAAGGCUCUGUUUAUUCCAAAAAAAAAAAAAAAAAAAUUACAUAGUAAAAUAAGAUAUUAUAUUUUGUUUGUAUGUAUGUAGUGUUUUGUAUAAUAUCAAGAACUGCUAAUAACAAUUUACUCAACUUUAGGGCAUUAAAUACCAUGUUACUUCAUAGUUCAAGAGACUGUUUCAUUCAAAUAGGGCAAUUAGUACUCUUCUAUCUAGGUGUGUAAGUGUUUUUUUUAAAUCACAUGAGGCUUUUUGUACUAAAAAGUGGAGGGAAACUUGUCUAAACAAAUUUCUAAGAUAAAUAUGUACAUAAUACUGGAAAUUUGUGGUAAGGAAAUAUUCUUUACUUCAGUUGCAUUUCUCACUGACAAUAAAGUGGUGCAUCCAUGCUACCUCCUACUUGUCAACAAAGAUGGUAUUUACCCUUAUGUUUUUGUAUCAUAGUAGAUUCAAUCCAACUUUCUUUAUUACAAAGCAUCUUUUUGUUAACAAGUUUGUUCUUUAUGACGAUUUACUUAAAGUCUGACUUGCUUACAGAAGUUUGCCUCUCUACUAUUUUAUUUAACACUGUAGAAAUGUACUAAUAAGCAUUGCUCACUACACGGUUAGAGUAGACUUUUCAUUUAUAAUUCUGUUUAAAAGGUUGAUCAUUUUAGAAAAUUUGAACACAGGUUGAAAUGUUUCUACAUAUGAAGAGAAUGUUUACAACUUAAAUUUUAGAGCUUGUUUUGGAUGUGAUUAUAUGUAUGAAAACUGUAACACUAUGCUCAUGCUAAGGACCUACUUACAGAAUUACUGAAAUAAAUGUGCUGUGAGGAUGGAAAUAUGGUGCAGGUGUCUUGGUCAUGCUGAAUUGUGUUUGUUCAUUCAAACUGUCUUUGAAACAUGAUUUUUGUUUAAAUCAUAAGUCAGAUUCCUCUACAAAUCAAUUUUGUAUGCAAAUAACAUUUCAUUUUACUCAUGUAGGGUAACAAAUACUGUAGUUAAGCCAAGGAUAUGCAUUGAUAUUUUCCUUAUAUGUAAAUAAAGUUAAAAGCAGUUAAAGCAAGAGGAGUAUUUUGGUAGAGUAUAUACAUACCUCACUGCCAGUGAAAUUGCUUUCCUAUGGUAUAUCUCCUUACCAGAAAAAUCUCUAAAUAAAAAAGGUUUAAAGAAAAUCUAAAUGUCUAUAAUGUGAAGCAUUUAUUUACAUUGUGUGAAUUAAGUUUGUGAAAUGGAUUUGUCUUGCUUGAAAUUAAAAUAUUCUCAUUAUCUUAAGUAAAAAUAAGUUUACUUGCAAUAAAAUGACUUGUUCAGACACGUUACAUUUGGUUGGUGGAAAAUGUGAAUGAUGUUGAUCUGCCUCUACGUGUGCAGUUAACACACAGGGUUUGUUAACGUUCUGAUAAAACAGAUGAACCAAAAACAAGCAGUUGUGGGGGAUGGAGUGCUGAGACAAGGCCACCCUCUGUCUGGCAGGGUUAUCAUUUGGUUAAUGCUGUCGGGUGUGUUGCUGUACACGUUCCUACUGGUAACAUAAACUUCAUUGUCCAAAUGUAUUCCUACUGUUUUGUUUUGUUUUUUAACCUGGAAAACACCCAUCAGUCCAUCUAAAGGCCAGAAAUAAAAAUUGCUUCAGAGAUCUUAGGAAAGAUAAACAGAGUGUUGAAGUGUAUUGCAGACAUAUUAUGUGUAUACAGACUGACUAAAAGAUUCUGAAUUUGUAUAUAAUUGUGGGAUUUUUUUUAUAUGAUGUGAAAAUUAAGUAUUUACAGCAACAUGUUGGAACGGAGGGAAGCGAUCAGAUCAUCUUGAAUGUUUGUAAUGCUUUAAUUGAGUGGUUGUUUACUCAUGUCACCAAAAAGGGUGCCUUAGAGCACCAGAUUCUGUUGCUGUUUAACAUGAAAAGUUCAAUUAAGUGCAAAUUAUAUUUAUCUAGAAUCUUUAUAAGGGAAAGCCAUACGUGCAGAAUUUAGCAUUUGGAGAAAAAAGAAAAAAGAAAAAAAAAACCCUGUCUAGAUUUAUAAUAGUAAAUCUAGUUAAAUUUAUUUAGUUCCUUCAGCCGCAGUAGUGAACACCAAAAAUAUAAGGCUGUGUCUGAAGUUGAGAAAGCUCUAGUCCUGGCUGGUUUCCAAAAUGACGUUCUCUGGUUAGGAGCAGCUGCUUUCAUUGGCAGGCUUUGGGUGUGUGUUGGAGCUGCCUGAGUGCUUAGCUGUGUGGGUUUUGUCGAUGUUCCUGCCCUGCUUACAUCACAUCCUUGCUAUAAUAUGGUUUUGAAAUAUAACCUGGAAGUUCUCUGAUUAGUGGAUUCAUUGCAUAUGAAGCUGAUGGACUGAAUGAACAAAAAGUGCACAAGCUUUCUUUAGCUUAUAGGUCUCAGAUGGGGCUGUUUGGUUUCUGUUGCUUGGAAUUAAACAUCUUUUGUCAGUACUGACUGGGAGAUAGAAGCUCACCUUUCCAGAGUUACACAGGUUCUAAUAGAAUAGGUGGAGUUCAUUAAAUCAGUCACUUUAUUGUACAGAUCUCGUGUUUUGAGAUCUGUGUGGCACACUUAGACCUUGGCAUCAGUGAGGGAGUCUCACUGUCUUGGGUGUACUGCUAGGUUAGAGAAGCUCUAUAGCAGUCUGCUGAAGAGCAGGACGUCUGGAAUUGCACGUAUAAGCGCAGGUGUGACUUGGCUCACCUUGGUUGUAUUGCUUCAGGCUAAAGACUGCAGUUGUUUAGUCAUACUUGGUAGUGGUCAGUUGGCUUUGGUUCCUCAUUGCAGUCUUCAGGAGUUGUACUCCUCUUCCAGCACCUACCCUACCUUCUGGUAAAGCUCCUGUAAGUAGCAGCUUCUGGAAAAUUAUGAAAAGUGUCAGAAUACUCAAGUCAGGAAACCAGAGGUCCAGCUCCACGCUUUGUAAGAUGGUUGCCUGUGUAUUCAGUCCCAGAGCUUUUCCAAGUCAUCCUUAAAAAUAAUAAUAGAAUAAGCUCUAUUUGCAUUCCGUGACAGAGAUUUCUGCAAGACUUUGGAAAUGUGCUUUUCAGGUGCAUGUGGUAACCACUGCCAAGUGGUGGUGUGGUCAGGCUGUACGUGUGGAAAACAUCCCUGGGCACUUAACUCCUUUUGGCCACGUGCUGCUUCGCAUGGAUCGUGCGGCCUGUGCUAUUAGAUGGUUGGCACCCAUGCGCCAAGGCAGCCCAGCCCUGCGUGCUGGUGGAACUUCUGCUGGCUCAGGGUCACCUUGCCCUGGCAGUGGUGUCAGGGCUGGACUGAGGCUUCUUGAUGCGAGGAAAAGCGUAUUGAGACAGUAGCUACCAGGGAAGGGAAGAGGGAGCAUGAAAGGUGCCAAAGAGAGAGGGAUUUUAACAAUUGGCAUUCUAGUCCUGAGCCAGAUGUUUUAUGUUUGGAGUCCUACAUUUUCAGCCAUGCUCAGGAAAAUCAAGGUGUGAGGUAAGUGCUUCACAGGAAGAACAUGGAUUGUGAAUUGGGCUCAGAGGUGUGCAUGCACAUGAGGCUUGGGAAGGCCAGCUAUACAGGGCUGUUGCUACAGAGCUGUUGUGAAACAAAUGCUUUCUCUGAGCUCAUCCCACAUUAUCCUACAAGUCAGUAAUACUUUAAAGGGGCUAUUCAUUAAUUCAAUCUUUGACCUGAUCUGGAAAAUCUACAGGGAAAAAAACGGCUGCAAGUAUGUGGAAAAAAAUGACAGUAAAUAACAAGUACUUAUUUUUUAAUAAAUUGUAAUGUCUGUGAAAGGAGCCUCCUCACUUUAGUACUACAGUUGACAGACUUUUCCAAGUUUUUACCACAGUAGUUAGUGGCCUGGAUGCUUAACCACUAGUUUCCUAUUCCAAAAAUCAGUUCACGUAGUCCUGAUUCCAUUUAGAGAAAAAAAAAAAAAAAAAAAAAAGGAAGAAAAAAAAAAGGCAUCUAUUUAGAACAGUACUUAUUAAAAAGGUCGACUGCAUCGUGAGUUCAGGUAUUUCAAUCUGCGUGCUUUGUAGGUGCUGUUGCCUGAUGACGUGGGUAGCAAUUUCAAUGUAAUGGAAACGUUUUGGCCAGAGC